AUGGCCUUGGAUCCAGCAGCGCUUUUGGCUGCAGAAAGUACAAUCCCCAUAUGGCAGAACAAACCCCAUGGCUCAGCACGCAGUGUUGUCAGGAGGAUCGGAUCAAACCUCCCUUUAAAACCCUGUCCCAGAGCAACCUUUGAGGUUCUACCAAAUGUUUCAGAUCUCUAUUUAAAUGACGUCCCUCCAGUCCCCACCUUGGCAGACAUUGUGUGGAUAGCAGCAGAUGAUGAAGAAACAUAUGCCAGAGUCAGAAGUGACACUCGCCCGCUGAAGCACAAGUGGAAGCCGAGUCCCUUCACUGUUAUACAGCGAAACGCUUCAGUUCCCAACCUGAGGAAGCAGGAGGAGAAGCUGCUCGCCUUGAAGAAACCUGGUUUACCAGCACUGAGCCGAACAACAGAGCUCCAGGAUGAGCUGAGUCACCUUCGGAGUCAGAUAGCUAAAAUAGUCGCUGCAGAGUCAGCUUCUGCUUCAUUAACACCAGAUUUACUAUCUCCAGGAAGUUCAAAUGCAUCUUCUCCUUUACCUUGUUUUGGACCCUCUUUCCAAUCUACAACUUCCUUUGUCAUUAGCGAUAUCACAGAGGAGGAGGCAGAACUCGAAAGCCCCGACCUCCCGUCGGUCUCCAUGCUUUGUUCUACAACCUCCGAGUGUUGUAAACCAGAACCAAAGGAUCCUGACGAGGAAGAUUCCGUGUCUCUUUCAAAGGCCAGCAGUUUUGCAGACAUGAUGGGCAUUCUUAAAGACAUUCAUAGGAUGAAGCAGAGCAAAGACUUAAACCGAAGUUCAGUGAAGGAGGAAGACCCCGCUGUUCUUAUCGCAGAAGUUCUGAGAAGAAAAUUUGCCCUAAAGGAUGAAGAUCUGUCCAUGAAGGAGAAAUGAUGUUACUGUCAUUAAACUCUGUAAGCAAAAGUGUUAUGCUCCCAAAAUUUUCUCCACAGUAGCUGCCUUCCUAAGGAUUGAGCCUUUUGCCUCUUUUAAUUAGAAAUGGUUUCUGCACCGGACACUUACUUAGGAAAGACCCUAUGGAUUUGGUGUGUUUUCCAUGUAUUGUUAUAUUUAAGAAAAAACUUUUUAAGAAGAUGGAAAUUCUUUUCCACCUGUAUUUUGAUGUUGAUUAUUGAUAAGGAUCUUCUGAAGAGUGCAAUGAGUGUUGCUGGAUGACGUUCUUUCUACCUAC